CUCUCGCUAUAUCCGCAGCCGGACGGGAGGUCGGUGUUGUCGAGUCUGGUCGUAAGUGCGAGUAGAACCACUGAGAGCAGCGAUGACUGCCGAACCGAUUCGCUCGGCUCUGGGCACUGUCUCAACGGAGGACACCUCUCUGGUGCUGCCCUCCGACAAAAAACAGCGGACGGGGCAGCAGCGCGUCCUGGAGCAGGUUAACACCAUAAAGAGAAGCAAGUCGAAGAUGGUCAAGAAUGACUCCAUUCCGUCGCCAACAACUCCGGCAUUGGCGACAGAAUACAGUGAGCCUAAAUUCCAGUUCUCACCAACAAGACUGAACGACACACUCUUCAAAUUUAGCAGCUCCAACAUGACAAGCAGCCACAGCAGAAUGACUGGUCGCAGCUUGUCAGUGCGCAACACGGUGAGAAGACAGACCCAGAACAGCCAGUGGGAGUCUCAGAUGAACUGGAAUGCACAGUCUCAGUCCAAUGGAAUGAGACGCGGUGGCAGCGACCCAGCCUUGAAUAAGGCAGGCGGCACAAUUACCCAGCAGUCCAAGACGAGGUCUUCUACUGUGCGAUAUAACCGAGCGACUGGACAAUCCAUGAGACUCCAGGAGAAUAACCUGCCUGCCAGCACCAGCCAAUCACAGAUCGCAAGCAUCAAACCUUCCCUCAGCCAAUCACAGACAAUUACGAAAGUCACCACUACCAAGAACAAAUCAGAAGCGCUGCGUGCGAGUGGUGCCGAGGGAUCUAUUCCUAACAUCACUCUGCAGGAGGCAGUGGAGUAUCUGUCACACUCAGACAUCAGCCAUCAGCUGUGUGGAGCUUCAUUCAUACAGCACCAGACCUUCACUGAAGACAGAGCCAAGCAAGAGAAACCUCAGCUGUGCUAG